AUGGCAUUACCACAUCUUCCCACCGAACUGAUCGAGCACAUAACCUCCUAUCUUGACCUCCCAACCAGUUGUUCCCUCCGUCUCACCAGCUCAUCUCUCAGCGAACAAACCUCACAUGUAUUCAAAGACCGCUUCUUCUACCAACACACUUUACAAUGGACUCAAGAAGCCUUCUCUAGAUUACAGGAGAUGACUUCACACUCACACUUUGGCAACGGCCUGCGACAUCUCAUCGUAGACGCCACACCUCGCCACUCGAUUCAUCUUUGGCAAACACAAACACACAUCUCAAAUACUCAGGGUAUAUCCACGCCCUACGGAGUCGUAUCAGCCACCCGUGGUCUGGAAGAAAAGUGGGCAGCUGAUAGCAAGGUAGCAGAUGAUAUAGCUACCUUCUUUAGCGAAACGAGGUUCGAUCGGAAGUGCCUAGUAAGCCUCUUCGAGAGAUUGGAGCAGCUAGAGUCCGUUACCUUUGCGUACGAAGGCAUGGAUGAUAGGUACGCCAAAUUCGCAACAAGGUACUGUAAGAGCAGCCAGCAUGAGAUGUCUCGGCCCUUUGUAUCCACCAUGUCUGCUAUCGCGACGUCCAAGAUACAAGUUCGCAGCAUCAAACUUGAUAGCGUGCAAACGUUUGGUGCUGUGGGCAUCGGAAGACUUGAGAACAUAGCACCCUCGCUUCGCCAUUUCGACCACGCUUUCGAGAAGCUAGGUACGCUGCAGUUGCAUUUGAGGGAUCUGCGGUCUUCGCAUUCGGGUUUCGAAUUGGAGGCUCCACGCGCACCUUUUGUAGUACGGUUCCUGGCCAAGGCGCGGAAUGUGAAGAGACUGGAACUCAGCUGCUAUAGCAGUUUGGAAGGCAAUGUCUUUGGGGAGAUGGCACGACAUUGUCGGUUCGAGAAGUUGGAGAUGUGCAAACUGUCGACUAUGCGUAUACAGGCGGCGGAAGAUCUUCUCGCUUUUCUUCAGCCAUCCGAGAAGACGCUUGCUACUCUUAGUCUGGUCAACAUUCUUCUCUCUGAUGAGGUUACUACGUGGAUGGAUCUUCUCAGCACUAUCGCUUCGUCAGAGGAUGUUCUACCAAAGCUGGAUAAUUUUUCUCUAGGCAACAUGUUUACCCUAAACAGGUUCAACAUUUGGUUGAAAGGAAAGAGAGGGUUGUGCUGUGUUGGCGAGGACUGGCGGGGCCAGUUGUUCGACGCCAUUAGCGAAAUCGAGGAGCGACCCCCGGAACUAAUAUGGGGUAUGGUCGCUGUCGUGUAUCCAUUUGUUGGGUUCGGCGUGUAA